GAUGGGCUGUAUCUCCAAGGGCAUUGCCCUCUGCGGACAAAAUCGGAUCGAGGCCGCAAUGAAAGCAUUUGACCUCGCGUUCAUAUUUGCAGACGAAGAUUCGAAGACCAUCCAUUUUCUUCUGUUAAUAAAGGCCAUCGCACUUUUUAAUGCAAAUCAACACGAAGACGCAAUGGAGCGUGUCCACGAGCUGGCUACCGCUUGUCACAGUGCUGAUACUCUUGCCUGUCGUAUGGUCGAAGCGUAUCUAAAUGUCCAACUGGGAAUAAAUGCCUUCAAUGACGCGCGUCACAGCGAGGCUGCCGAGCACUUCUCUGUUGCUAUCAACACUGGCGCUCUAUCAUCUAAACCAGCCGUCGACUCCAUAUGUGAGGACUUAUGUGUGCUUUUCGGGUGGGACAUCGAGUCCUCGUGGAAAAUCGCAAAUCAGAAACGGUGCAAUGCACUCGUUCAGUUGAGUAGAUUCCGAGAUGCCGUCGUUUCGUACCAUCACAUGAUGGAUAUGAGUGAUGAAAUCACGCAGGCUAACUGCCUCGAUUGGUCCACUGCUUUCAAGAAUAAAUGCAGCACGCUCUGUGCUGCCAACGGAGAUGCUGCCUUCAAUGCGUGCGAUUACGACGAAGCAAUCGCUUUUUAUUCGGCAGCUAUUGACCUCGGUUAUGGAACCUUCACUAUCUUUUUAAACCGCUGUAAGGCGAAUACAGAAAAGGGACGGGAGGAAGCACUCGUGGAUGCGCAAAAGGUCAUCGAACUUGAGCCUUCGUCUUAUAUUGGAUAUCAGCUGAAGCAUGCUGCUCUUCAUGCCACACAGCGCUUUAAUGAGGCUAUCGAUGCUUUCAACAGCAUGCUCUCCAAGUUGGAGGGUGCUUCUGAGUUGCAUAUACGAAACCUGCGCAAGCAGUACAUCCGUCCAGUUGAAGCGGAAGCUGUUAUCCAAAAAUCAAUUAACACUCAACUCGAAAACGCCCCACUUCGUUUACUAGACACCGCUCGUGGUAUUUUAUGUGACCGAGGGGCUCAAAUAACCGCGUUUAAGACAAGCACCGAGUACAACGAACUUCUGCGAUUCGUAAUGACGCGUCCAGACCCGCGUGAAGACCUGCAUGAGGAGCACAUCAGAGAAGUAGUGGAGAAAUACUUCCGUUGCGUCAUGCUGUCACACAGGUGGGACGAGACGGAGUCACUGUUGCAAGAAAUUCAGGGCAAGGUCGUGUACAAGUUGCGUCCAAUUGAUGGCAUCGUCAAGUUGCAGUCAUUCUGCAGCAUUGCUCGCAAAGCGGGGUAUCGCUGGGCCUGGAUGGAUACGUGCUGCAUCGACAAGACCAACAACGUUGAGCUCGGCGAAUCGAUCAACUCCAUGUUUGUCUGGUAUCACCAUGCAGCACUUACCAUCGUUUACCUCUCGGAUGUUCCACCUUCCUCCGAGUCUGGCGCACUGGAAAAGAGUGUCUGGAACAAACGAGGAUGGACAUUUCAAGAACUUAUGGCCUCGAAAUGCAUCCUCUUUUAUCAGAAGGAUUGGACCCUGUAUCUUAACAAUCGCUCUCCCAACCACAAGCAUUCCAAUGAGAUCAUAGAGGAGUUGGCAGAUGCUACAGGCAUCGACCGAGAGGCUCUCAUUUCUUUCCAUCCAGGGACGAAAAAUGCCCGAAGGACACUCCAAUGGGCAUGCUCGCGUAUCACCACACGGCAAGAAGACAUUGCCUACUCCUUGUUUGGCGUCUUCAACCUCCGCCCACGUGUUGAUUAUGGGGAGAAGAAGCAGAAUGCCCUUGGGCGGCUCUUGCAAGAGAUCAUAAAUGACCAUGGCGACAUUACCACCCUGGACUGGGUUGGAAGACCAUCCGAAUUCAACAGCUGUUUGCCAGCCGAAAUGACUUCAUACAAAGCUCCACCGUACACAUCCCCAUCUCUAUCUCCUGAAAAGCUGUCCGAAUCAGUCUCGUUGCUACGACAUGCUGGGACUAUACAAUCGGCUGAGAAAUUAUACAGCGAACUCGACUCCCUUCAUGCUCCCCGUUUUGCGCAUAAACAUCUACAUCUGCCUUGCAUCGCAUUCCGUUCCACAAUCAGACGGAUGAGCCCUCGAGGCAAGGAUAAACGUAUCACGUAUGAAGUCAAGACAGGCGGACUCCAAGACUUACUGAUCACCACGGAAGACGAGCUCCUCCCGACAAAAUUAAUCUCUCGAACGCCUCAGUUCUUACUUAUUCGUCCGUGGGAUCAUAGUCUUCUGGAGUCGCCUAAUGACGUGGACAGCGUAGACGAUUGGACCCCGCCCGAAUCCCCCGCAGACGUUUCGCCUGAUGGGCCUUUCGAAGAGCAUGGAGUGGUUGAUUCGGAACGAGCGUUGCGGUUGAUUGUUCGCCUUGGACAACCUUUUAGCGCAUUUUUGCUAAGGCGCGAGGUUCGCACAGAAUACAGGAGAGUUGCCUCGGAUUACAGUAUCAUUGCACAACUCAAAAACAUGACUCGUAUUGACGACAUGAAAGUCAGGACAGUAGAGAUAUCGUAGUGGAGAAUUUUGAAUUUUACCUGGAUUAUCAUCGGAGACUCGGAGUGCUAAAAUUUCAGACCGGACUGGUAUUUUGCAGGUGUACACUAUACAGAUCUCCG